UGCCAUUCAACAGAAGAGCCAAAAGUCCCACCUGUUAGCACUCUCACUCGCUACAUUUUCAAAGCUCCUCAACUUCGAUUUCAUCGAAAGAGACCUAUAUUAAUUCUACUUUGAGAAAUCUAAAUCAGUUUAUUUUCUUCUUUAAGCAUUGUUUCUUCGUGUUCAUCGACUUGAGAUUCUUUUUUGUUGGAAAUGGCUGCAAACACAACUCCUGGCUUGCAAAUACAAGCAACCAAACAAUGCAUUUCCGCAUCUCAGAAUAUUUCGAAAAUGAGCACUAUGAGUUUCAGUUUUGGAAGUAAAAGAAAAUCUUUUAGUGAUUUUAGAAGUUCAUCACAUAUCUCGCUCACGAAGCCAAUCCAUAGCUUCAAAUUGGCUCCUAUAAAAUUUGAAAGGAUGGUUACAAAAGCAAUGUCUGGAGCUAGUGAACAAGUGCCAGUUUCAGGGUUGCCUAUUGAUCUGAGAGGUAAGAGGGCAUUUAUUGCUGGCAUAGCAGAUGACAAUGGGUAUGGAUGGGCAAUAGCAAAGUCUCUUGCUGCUGCAGGGGCUGAAAUUCUUGUUGGUACAUGGGUGCCUGCGCUCAACAUUUUCGAGACCAGUCUGCGCCGUGGGAAAUUUGACCAAUCACGAGUGUUGCCUGAUGGUUCAUUGAUGGAAAUUGCAAAAGUCUACCCAUUGGAUGCAGUUUUUGACAGUCCAGAAGAUGUUCCUGAGGAUGUGAAAACAAACAAACGUUACGCCGGAUCCUCAAAGUGGACUGUCUCGGAAGUUGCUGAAUCUGUAAAACAAGAUUUUGGCACUAUUGACAUCCUUGUACAUUCACUUGCAAAUGGUCCAGAGGUUAGCAAACUUCUAUCGGAGACAUCAAGAAAAGGAUACCUUGCAGCUAUAUCUGCCUCCAGUUAUUCCUUUAUAUCUCUACUAAAGCAUUUUCUUCCCAUAAUGAAUCCAGGCGGUGCCACAAUCUCUCUAACGUACAUUGCUUCUGAAAGGAUUAUCCCUGGAUAUGGAGGCGGUAUGAGUUCGGCAAAAGCUGCUUUGGAGAGUGACACAAAAGUCCUGGCGUUUGAAGCUGGAAGAAAGCACAAAGUCAGAGUCAACACGAUAUCUGCAGGUCCACUGGGAAGUCGUGCAGCAAAAGCUAUUGGCUUUAUCGACAUGAUGAUAAAUUACUCACUGGAGAAUGCUCCUUUGCAAAAGGAGUUAUAUGCUGAGGAGGUCGGGAACACUGCUGCUUUUCUGGCAUCUCCUUUGGCUUCAGCGAUUACUGGUGCCACUGUGUAUGUUGACAAUGGUCUGAAUGCGAUGGGAGUUGGAGUUGACAGCCCAGCUUUCACGGGUCUCGAUAUCCCAAAAGAUAAUAAGAGCUAGUGCUAGAGGCAAUGCUAGUAUGGCUUUGGUGAUCUAGAGAAACUUUGUUUUGUUUAUCUGUCAUAGAUUCCGGAUAGCAAUUGUUAGUGACAUCGUAUCUUUUUCCAAAAGGUAACUUAAUUUGUACGAGGCAAUCUCAGUUUUAGCUGCGGUCCUCAUUAUUUAUUUCAGUGUGUUACCUGACUAUCUACAUUAAGCUAGCGUUUGAUUAUAGAUUUCCAUAUAUUUUUGGGAAA